AUGACAGAUUUUUUUUCCGGCGUCGGAGAUUGGGAUUUAACGGCGGUGGUCAGCGGCGGCACCGCCGACAACAACCCACCUCAUAUUGAUGAUCAUCUUCAUUUUAGCAACUUCAUUUUUCCCGAAUACUUAUUAUUCAAUGAUAAUAAUAAUUAUUCAUCUUCAAAUUCAAAUUCAAAUCUCGAUCUUUAUGAUCUUUACAAACCCUUCUACCCUCCUCCUUCUCCGCCGCCGCCGCCACCGGAAAAUCCGCCGGAGCCUCUUCCUCCGCCGGAGAAAGCAGCCGUCGGGACUAAAUACAGAAUAAGGAAGAAUCAACAGAAAAGAGUGGUGAUUGAAGUAACAGAGGAUGAACUUUCUUCAGAUAUGUGGGCAUGGCGUAAAUAUGGUCAAAAACCCAUUAAAGGAUCUCCAUAUCCGAGAAGCUAUUAUAAGUGUAGUAGUUCAAAAGGAUGUCCGGCGAGAAAAUUGGUGGAGCGAAACCACUUAGAUUCGUCUACAUUUAUUAUAACAUAUACAAGCGAACAUAAUCAUUCAAAACCCACUCGCCGGAAUUCUCUUGCCGGCACUACCCGUCAACGGUUUUCUUCUACGCCGGCGCCGGAGGAAAGAUGUACAGAGAAGAAGAUGAAGAGGAGAGAGAAAAUUACAGAAGAAAUAGAUUACGCCGGCGGCGAUGAUGAUUUCAGCUUUCUGACGGAGUUUGAUAAUCAAGAACACGGCGACAGCAGCAGCAGCUUUUGGUGACUUUUUUUUUUGUUU